CCAACUUGGCUGCUCUUAGAGACGUUUUUCUCAUGAAUUGACCUGCAGGCAAAUAAGUCGAAAAAAAAAAUUUUUUUUGGGACCCCGGCACUAAAAUAAUUGGUGGUCGGCGGUGCUGUUCCAUUCCGUGAGUGUUUUAUAGUUUUUACCGCGAAAAACGCAACAUUUGACGUGCCCUCUAGCCUUACCAUUUGAAGGUUAUACAAAACUAUGUAUGCGCCGUAUACAUGUCAAAAAAAGUGUACUCAAUAAGCUAGCAAACGUUAAAGAAGUACACGUCAAAUAAUCCAAAAUGCUCAGAAUAUUAUCUCUGAACGAUUUUGAGGCUCCCCUGUUUGAUGACCUGAUAACUGCCAGUUACACGGAUAAUGGACCUGUUUAUUGUACGAAAAAUGAAUUGCAGCGAGAAUUGCAAUCUUUCGAUGUGCACCUGCGUGAAUUUCCCGUUGUCAAUAUCACACCCGAGAUGCUGGCUACCAGAGAAACAGCACGCACCAUUGGAGCCAGGGAUUUGUUUUUGCCAGUGCAAGACAGUGCUUUUAAAAAAAUUGCUAAUAUUUGGAGAGAAAAGGGUUGGCUAGAAGCCAUCAGAACUGCAGCUGCUGAAGAUCCAAGGGAAAUUACGUUUCCACUUUACUGGUUUGCCACAAGAUUCACACAAAUGUUGGAUCUCAUAGAGAAAGGAACAUUUUGGACUAGCGUUCUACCAAUAUCUGGGUCUGGCUCAGUCGCUGAUGUAGCUGCAACGAGAGAUUGGGCCACAGCACUAAUCCGCUGUAUGGCCUGGCAUCCACAUUAUAUACGCUUAGCUGUAGCCACUAGGGACGACAGAAUCAGAAUAUUCUCCAAUACUACUAGUAAUAUUAAUACUGCUGUUUUAAGGCACAGUGCUCAAAAAUCCGUAUGCUGUAUGAGUUGGAGGCCAAAUGCUGGCAGAGAAUUGGCAGCAGCUUGUCAAAAUGGAGUAUUGGUAUGGACAAUAGAAUUAGGAGCAGCCAGCAAUUCUCUCAGUCACGCAAUCAUGUUGAAACACAGGAAUCAUGCACCAGUUACAAGCGUGGCAUGGAAUCCAGAAGGUGACUUGUUGGUAUCUUGUUGUCUAACAGACAUGAACAUGAUAAUAUGGGAUGUGGCAAAAGAAAGCGGAGUGCCUUUGAAAAGAGUAGGUGGAGGAGGAUUAUGUUUUGCCAGGUGGUCAUCUUGCGGAUCUCGACUCUUAGCAACAACUUGUAGAAAAAUAUUUAGGGUAUGGAAUAUUGGAGCUGGAACUCAUUGGAAACCCGAAAGAUGGACUGUGCCCAAUGGUAGAGUAGCUGCAGCUUGUUUUGGGCCAAAUUUAACUCUACUCUUUACAUCCACGGAAAAUCCAGCAAUGAUAUUUUCCUUACCUCUUCAAGAAAAAAUUUUCAACGUCAAGAAGCUCGAUACUCUUGAUGAUGAUAAAGUAGCAAUGCCACUGAUCGAUCUGAGUAAAGUUACUUUUGCAUCAAAUGAAGAAGAUGUGCACAUUACGGCUGGUGGCAGAGUUAUUUCCAUGGACUGGGAUCCGCUUGGAAAAUAUCUAGCCGUUAUUUUUCAGGAUAGCCCGCUAGUUGCCAUAUUCAAAACGAAAAUCGGGAGUACUUCGAGAAUAACCGAGGUUAAACCUCUGUGUUUUGCCCAAGGAUUUCUCGGUGAAGUUCCGCAUUGCAUCGAGUUUUACCAUAACUAUCAAAAAAAAUCAGAUACCACAAUCUUGACGAUCGCAUGGAGCAGUGGUUUCAUUCAGCAUUUCCCGAUAUUAGAGAAAGUUCAGACACACGGACAGCCAGACCUCUGUACGACCACUCACAUUGGAGGAACGCUAUCCAAUUCAUUUGCAUUCAACGACGAUUCGUACUUACAGUCGUCAAUUUAUACCAGUUUCUCUACGCUGCAAUGAGAAGAACGAGUGUAAAACUUUUAUCGAAAACACUCGCGCAAUUGUUGGCAAUGUUGCUAUACUUAUGAAAAAAAAAACACACACACAAAUAGCGAGCAAAAUUACGGCACAGCACUGCGAAAUGACGAAACAUUUAUCUUUAUCGCAAACGCAAAGUCGCAGUUGAUUUAUGUUCAUCACCUAUACGUGAUGCUGCUUAGCUGUAAAUUAAAUAUCAAUUGUAUUACUAAGAAUUUAGUGUAAUUGACCCAACUGUAUUUGGAGUUUUGUAAAAUACCUAGCUUUUUGAAGUAUUUACAUUUAUACCGUGACGGUAAGCUUUGUUAUCAAUAUCUACUAUGAUCUUCAACAAACAAGCGAUCCGUCAGAGCUUGAUAUUUUUAUAUGCUUUUAUAACGUUCUACACAGUGAUUCAAUAAAUUGGAAAAGCACCCACUA